AUGGCUUGUUCUCAAAAAGAUUUAGAAGGAUGGCAGAUAAUUACUACUGAUGAACAUGGUAACGUACUGCAUGAUACAAGUAAAAGAAGAUCCAGAAAGAGAGGUGGUGUUGAAAACUUUUAUUUGCAAAGAGAAAAGGAUGGGUUAAGCUUUGGUCGUGGGGAUUCCGUUAUUAUGAAUGAUGCAACCACCGGAACUUACUCUGUCUAUCUCGUUCAUGAAAUUCGUCCAAACACGUUAAAUAAUGUAGUAGAAAUAUGGGCUUUCUCGUACUUACGAUGGUUUGAAUUGAAACCUAUAUUGUGGUAUAAACAAUUCAAUCCUGAAUUGGCUGCAGAAAAUAAACCAAGAGAAUUUUAUAACGAGAAAUUCAUAAAGGAAGUCGAUAAGGACGAAUUGUAUUUGACCGCUGAACUUUCUGAAAUUUGGCUAUCGGAUUUCAUUGGCUUGGGUAACGUAAUAACUAAGAAGGAAAGAGACGAUUCUGGUGAUUCUAUAGUACCAGAUGAAGAUUUCUAUGUCAGAUAUGUUUGUGAACCUACAGGGGAGAAUUUUGUUAGUAUUGAUAUUUCCAAGGAGAAAAGAAGAAUAAUUGAAAUGGAACCAAAACAGUCUGAAGAACAUUUAAAGCGUAUAUCUGUGCCCGCUAGGCCCACCAAGCAGACAACUACUGUCGUUGGAAAGCCAAGGAGCCAUCAAAAGAGUCAUGCCCUCAAAGAGAAAAAGGUCACACCAAUUAAACAGGAAAAGGAACAAGAAGUGAUUAAAACGAGUAUGCAAGAAAAGGUUAAAUCGCCUCUCGCUACUGAAAAGAACCAACCAACAAAUGUGAUUACACAACAGUUGGCAAACCCCACUACUGUGACCGAAACACAAGCUGAAUCUACUCCGCCUGUCUCAAGGCCUCACUCAAGUGAAAUAACAUCUUUGUUUUACCAUGAUUCCGAAGAAGAAACAUCUCCAAACACACAACCUCCACCCACGGAAAGAAUUGGUACCCAGGUCACUAGACAAGAGACUGACACGACCCCUUCCAUGAAGGAGAAAGUUGUCGAGAAAGAUACCUCGGACCACGAAGAACAGAGUGCCUACGAAAGUGCCGAAGAAGUGAUACCCGAACUAGAUCAAGAAAGUGAAGAAGAAAUUGAGGCAGUGGAUGAUGACGACUACGUUGAAACCGGGAGCCAACAAAUUGAAGAAAGUCAAGAACAGCAUGAAUCGGAACAAGAUCAAGAACAAGAAGAAGAGGACGAAGAAGUCUAUGCUGUAAGGAGAAAACGUAAACUUCUUAGGGAAGAAGAAAAGCUUUCUAAAGCAAAAAAAGUAUCCGAAGAAACUACACCAACUUCAUCAGAAGCGUCUGAUUUUAGUCCGAAUCGCCUACAGCAAGCUAAGAAUAGUUUAGCAUCUGUGAAAGAAAAGUACGAAAAAAUAUUUAAAAGGUUUUCUCCAGCACCAGUAGAAAAUAAUGGAUUACCAGAUGUCUCAGACUUUGCGGAUUCAUCCAAGAUCGAUGUGGCUGGUUUGGAAAAUAAAUUAAGGCCCUCCAUGAAACACAAUCCAAUUGAAACUUUAUUUUCCAAAAUUGAAAGUGAUGGUUCAGAUUUAGAUAAGAUGCGAGUUGAAAUAAGCCAUCUUAUUAAAGAUGACUCGUCAAAUUCAUUACCAGAGAAAGAAUUUGCCAGUAUAUAUACCAAUAUAUUUGAAUGCUUACUGAAAGGCAAGUCCCGGGCCAUGUACGUUAACGGUAUAUCAGGAAGUGGCAAAACUAAGACGAUAGAGGAGGUUGUUAGUGAACUACAAUCGUCAUCUCGUCAAAGAGAAGUACCAAUUUUCAACUAUAUUAAAAUCGAUGGUAUUUCCAUUGGAGAUUCUAAGGACUUUUACGUCGAAGUGUGGAAACAACUGUCAGGUGAUGAGUUAGUACCAGGGGCCGCGUCAGAAUCCUUAAACUUCUACUUUAAGAAUGUCAAAAUGAAUACGAAACGUCCUGUAAUCUUAUUCCUUGAUGACAUUGAUGCUCUUUCUUUAAAGGGGAAGGAUAUCUUAUAUUCCAUUUUCAAUUGGACUACUUUUGACAAUGCAAAGUUGUGUGUGGUCGUUACUGGCACAAUUUCUGAGUUACCCAAGAGUUUGCUCGGAAAAGAUGUUUUAUCUAGAAUGAAGAUUGUAAAGAUCCCCUUUGAUGAGGCAGAAUACCCAGAAUUGGAGAAGAUUGUUAAUUUCAGAUUAAAAGGGGUCAAUAAGUCAUAUUUUUAUGUCAAUCCAGAUACUGGUCGACUCAAGUUUAUUGAUAGACAUAGUAGUGAAGAACCACUGAAUGAAACUGAUGAGAACAUGGUAAAGGUCCGUUUAAAGAUAAGCAGUAAGACUAUCGACCUUGGUUCUAAGAAGAUUGCUGAAGCUUGUCCUAAUAUUGGUAGGGCUUUGGAAGUAUGUUCCAAAGCUGUUCAUUAUGCUCAAGAUGAUUACUUGCGGAAACAUGGGUUUAUAACAGAUGACCAAGUGGAAGAGCAAGACGGGAAAGAUGAACAAAACACUGGAAAGAUUUCAGGUGAUGAAAAACAGAGCCAGAAACUACAUCUUCGUCAUAUUAUCAAAGCAAUGGAUGAAAAUGUAAGUUUUGCAGCUGCUGAGUAUAUUAAAAACUGUUCAUAUCUUGGGAAGAUUCUUUUGUAUGCUGUUUACCAUUACAUUGAGACGAGUGGACCAUUAAAAAUACAGGUGAGAGAUCUUUAUGAGACCUUGGUGUCAUUAUUUAAUUCAAAUGCGAAGAAUCCAUUCAUACUCGAUGUGAAAAGAACAAUUUUUGGCGUGGAUACCGUAGUUGAUAUUGAUUCAAUACGCGUCGUUUCUUGGAACAAAGUAGCUGACGCACUAGGAGAGGGUCCACUUGUCACAAUCGUUCAUAAUAAGAAGUGGAAAACCAAAUAUUUUGCAUUGAAUAUCCCUGCUGGUGAUCUAAAAAACUAUCUUGAGCGUAACUUUGGUGUUUUGAGUCCAUGA